AUAAAUUCCACGGCAAUGUCGUCUCCGACAAAAUCGAGCCGAAAGCAGUAGGGUCAAGCUGAGAUCGAUCGAUGGCCGCCGUGAUGAUCUCCUUCAAGGCUAUUGCACUGGUUGCAGCACUCCUCUCCGUGGUGGCCACGUACAGCGCUCACGCCGAACCGAACUACAACGAGACCACCGCCCGCAGAGAAUUGUACUACUCCGUCGGCUCCACCCCCAGCACCACCUGGCGGCCUGCCAGGGCCACCUGGUACGGCCGGCACAACGGCGCCGGCCCUGACAACAACGGUGGCGGGUGUGGGUACAGCAACACGAACCUGUACCCGUUCAAUUCCAUGACGACCUGCGGCAACCAGCCCCUGUUCUUGGACGGCAAGGGCUGCGGCGCAUGCUACCAGAUAAAGUGCACCAGUAAGAACAACCCUGCCUGCUCCGGCGAGCCCAAGCAGGUGAUCAUCACCGACGUAAACUACGACACCAAGAUCGCCCCCUACCACUUCGACCUCAGCGGCACGGCGUUCGGCGCCAUGGCCAAGCCCGGCUAUAACGACAAGCUCCGCAAGGCCGGAAUCAUCGACAUGGAGUUCAGGAGGGUGCCCUGCAACUACAAGGGCCUGCCGGUGAGGUUCCACGUGAUGGGCGGCUGCAACCCGUUCUACUUCGCGGUGAUCGUGUACUACGCCGGCAGUGACGGCGCCGUGGUGCAGGUGGACCUCAAGGAGGCCAACUCCAACACGUGGAGGCCGCUCUACGAGUCGUGGGGCGCCGUUUGGAGGAUCGACCCCGGCCACCCGCUGAAGGCGCCCCUCUCGCUGCGCGUGCGCAGCGACUCCGGCAAGAUUCUGGUGGCCAACAACGUCAUCCCGCUCAACUGGAGGGGCAACGCCGACUACCGCACCAUCGCCCAGUUCCGCUGAACGCUCGCUGGCAAUGGAUGAUCGCUCAUAUAAUCAUCUCGGUCCGGUUCGUAUUAAGUUGUUAUCGCUAUCUUAUGAUUGCAAAUUGGAAAUAGCUUUUGUUUGUUAUUACAGUCUUUUUGCGAGGUUUCAAAAUUGUUAGUCGUACUUUGCGACUUGGAGAAGUCUUGAUACUUUCUGUCGUUGUGUGCAUUGAGAUCAAUGAGAUGCAUAUAUACGUGGAAUAUAUAGGAGGCAAUGUUAUCCAUUGCUCCGCUAUCACAAGUGUUUACGCGUA